GACAUGAGGACCACAGAUUACAGACAACCUCUGUGAUCUGUGAUGAGGACUACGGACUUAACCCUAUAUUAUGCGGUUGUAUUUCUGGAAACUAUAACACUUUAAAAGGAAUUUGAGCCGAGGACGAUGACCGCGUUGAUGAAGGCCUCAGUUCGGGACAUUCCCGAAAAUGCGGUGAUUCUCAGCGAAACGGAGGCAUUGAAAUUUCAAAUGGACAUAGUGAAAACCUGGAAGAAACCGUCCGAAGUAUUCGCAAUACGAUACGGCAGUUACGCGCUAGGCCUGAGCACAUUGUUGAGUUCGGUGUUCCUAAACAAUCACUUCCGACGGAAAUUCAUGCUGGGCCACUAUGGGGCCUUUUCAACAUAUAUCCCCGUUUGCAUUCUUCCUGCCGCUGUGUCGCUCGUCCUGCAUACAGAGAUGAUCCUUCGAAAGACGUUGUUGAUGAACGCAAGCGAUUGUCCUGUUUGCCUGCAAGUAAAGUCAGCAGCCCUCCAGUCUAGCCUGGGGUUAAUUUACCCUCUGAUGGCUGCCCCCAUAGGAGGCGCCGCUUUGGCAGUGCGAUACGCAACAUAUAACAUCCCACUGAUUCAAGAGAAACCGAAGGAAGUUCUGGAGACUUUCAACAAAAUGAUGAGAAAAAUCAAAACCAAGACGAUAUACAUUUUUUUGUGGCAGGCCCUGUUAGGGGCCACCGUUGCCUACUUUGAGACCAACGAAAUUAUAGGCAUACACGAGAAGUUGAGUGCUCCCAACCGGGACUGAUUAAGGAAGUUUUGGACAGUGUAGUCAAUGUAGUACAAGCCGCAGAUUAAAAACUUGUUUAUUAUUCGAAACAACAUAAAUGGAAAGGAAAAAUACCAUGUGACUUUGUACAACACGCACCCCGAAAAUAAGUAACCACAUAUUAUGAACAAAAUCUAAUCCUAAAAAUGAGUAAAUAUUCCAAAAGCAAUUAGUGUUACCUAGAAAAACAACGGUAAGAUAAUAUAAAUAAACCUAGAUCUAAGUA